AUGUUUAACUCUCAGGAAAACAUAUUGGCCAAUCUCAGGGUGGAGCCUGCUGGAGUCCGAUGGCUGACACCAGGUCUGAGGAAGUAUUCCUGUGAACUCACAGUCGACACAAACACAGUACACAGAAACAUCAAGCUGUCUGACGACAACAGGAAGGCGACAUGUGUGUUAGAGAACAUGUCAUAUCCGGAUCAUCCAGACAGGUUUGACCAGUGUCCUCAGCUGCUGUGUAGAGAUGGUCUGACUGGUCGCUGUUACUGGGAGGUCGAAUGGAGAAAAAGCGUUAACAUAUCAGUGAGUUACAGAGGAAUCAGAAGGAGAGGAGAGAGAGAAGACUGUGUGUUUGGAUUGAACGAUCAGUCCUGGAGUCUGAGCUGCUCUGAUCGUGAUGGUUACUCUGUCUGGCACAAUAACAGAAGAACAACCACCUCCUCCUCCUCCUCCUCCUCCUCCUCCUCCUCCUCCUCCUCCUCCUCCUCCUCCUCCUCCUCUAACAGAGUAGCAGUGUAUGUGGACUGUCCUGCUGGCUCUCUGUCCUUCUACAGAGUCUCCUCUGACACACUGAUCCACCUCCACACCUUCAACACCACAUUCACUGAACCUCUUUAUCCUGGCUUUGGGUUCGGGUCCUGGGAUUCUGGUUCUUCAGUGUCUCUGUGUUCUGUUUAGGAGGGAGAGUCUCCUCCUGUUGGAGAAACAUUCUUACUGCUGAACAGAUCAGUUGAGUCUGUACAGUUACAGAAAUCGUUCAGGUGUUUGGGAAACUCACCUUUGUACGGGGCCUUCAAGUAAAACCUCUCUGUCUGAUAUUUCACACCUGGUGUACUUCGCCUUUCGCUCGUUGUCAGCUGGGAUUGGC